AUGAAUCUAUUUCUGAAACUUGAUAAUAAUGAAUCAAAUAAAGAAUCCAACUUAAUUUUGUUUUCUGAUUUCCUUCCUGAAGUAUUAAGUUUUACAACCAGUGAAAAUGAACGAAUUCAAGAUCUCUAUCUCCAAUUAUGUUCUCUUUUCAACCAUCAUAGUUACAAUGAAAUAUUGUUUUUAUUACCUCAACUAUCAUCAUUCUCAAUGCUUCCACCUAUAAUAAAUUUAAUUAUUGGUGCCACAAUGAUAAAAUUGGGUAGAUUAGAUAGUGGAUUUAGAGAACUUGCUGUUGCUAUAAUCAUGUCCAGUAGAGGUGAACAGAGAAUCAGUUUUUUAAUAGUUGCGGCAACUUUACAUGCUGAAUUAAACGAUAAAGAAAGAGUUCAAGGGUAUUUAGGUGAAAUUUUGGAUUUGUCUCGCCAAGUUGUACAAUCAGGUGAAGAAUUUGAUAUUGUAAAAGAAAAUUUAGAAGAAUUGGAAAACACCUUGUUGAUCAAAUUAGAAAAUGUCAAAGAUAAAGAGUAA